UCAACAUCUGCACAGUGGACAGUGUUGUGGCUCGUGUCAGGUAGAUCGACAGAGCAGCUCCCAGUAAACAGUAACCAGGAAUUUCAUUUGAGGAUCACACAACACCGCCAACAUGCCUAAAUGCCCAAAGUGUACCAAGGAAGUGUAUUUUGCUGAGAGGGUGACAUCGCUUGGGAAGGACUGGCACAGGCCCUGUCUGAAAUGUGAGAAGUGCAACAAGACCCUGUCUGCAGGCUCACACGCUGAGCAUGAAGGGAAGCCCUACUGCAAUAAUCCCUGUUACGCUGCACUAUUCGGGCCUAAAGGAUUUGGGCGUGGCGGUGCUGAGAGCCACACAUAUACUAAAUAGACCUUGACUCAGUUCAUCAACCCCAAUGAGCCAACAGUUGCCAAAGAUGAAGAAACAGCAAAAUGAAACCGUUAUUAAUAAAGCAAUGUUCGGAAAUAAUCCAUUCCAUUUUGGAAAUACGAGUGUAUAUUAUUGUUAACAUUUGGAUUUUAUUGUGGGAUGAUAUCACACAACUAAUGUUCUAAGGGGUUUCAUUGUUGGUUUUUAGCAUUCCUUUUGACCUUUUUUGUUUUUGUUUUUAAAUAAACAUCUGGUUUGUAAUUUG